AUGGCUCAGGAAGACGUUGCUGCUGCUAACGGUGCUACUACGGCGGUGGAGAAGGCCGUUACCUUCACGGCGUACAAGCCUCAGCUGAUUGUGGAAGCACACAAGGUCGGUGACGCUGUUGCUUUCUACAAGGCGGUGUUUGGUGCCGUGGAGACUGGACGCUCUCUCUACCCCAAGCGUAAGGCUGACCAAGAGCUCCCUCACCUCGUCUCUUCCGAGCUCGAGCUCGCCGGAACCACCGUCGUUGUUUCUGACGUCUCUGAUGCGAAGACGGGGACUAUGCCUGCGAUCCUCGAGACUGAUGACGUGGAAGCUGCGGUUGCGAAGGCCGUUGCGGCAGGAGCUGUCAAGGUGGAGGAGGAGGAGGAGGGUGGAGUCAAGGGGAAAGUGACGGAUCCGUUCGGGUUCACGUGGAUCUUUGUUACUCCGGCGAAGAAGAGUGAGGAGGAAGGAAACAAAGAGGUCUAA